CGCCAUCAAAUUAAUCAAAGAGAAUCGUUUUUCUGAUUUGAAACUGAAGCAACCUUCCCACUCGCCCGUUAGCCAUUUAGUAUCUGUCAACGACCACAUGAAAAAAAAAAAACCUGAUAUAAUGUUAUCCCAAACAUGGUCUUAAACUCUGCUAAACUCUUCAGGCUUCACCCUUUUGCUGGGCUGGUUGGGUUGAGAGAUAAGAGGAGAAUAAUGGGAGCUACAGUGAAAGGUAUAAGUGAUGAGUUGCGAAGGAUUUUGAAUGCCAACAUGGACCAGGCGCCUGCUAGACAACGGGCUCGUGAGGCUUUUAAGGAUAUUCAACUUAAUAUUGACCAUAUUUUGUUUAAGACCCCGGUUGAUGGAUUGAAAAUGAAGGAGUCGUAUGAGGUGAAUUCUAGAGGACUGAAAAUUUUCUCAAAGAGUUGGCUUCCGGAGACCUCUCAACCCAAAGCAGUGGUGUGUUUUUGUCAUGGUUAUGGAGACACUUGCACAUUUUUCUUUGAAGGAAUUGCAAGGAAGUUGGCAUCAUCUGGAUAUGGAGUCUUUGCAAUGGAUUACCCAGGAUUUGGUCUUUCAGAAGGUCUUCAUGGCUAUAUUCCCAGCUUUGAUAGGCUUGUUGAUGAUGUCGUUGAGCAUUAUUCCAAAGUCAAAGAGAACCCUGAGUAUCGUGCUCUGCCAAGUUUCCUCUUUGGACAGUCUUUGGGUGGAGCCGUAGCGCUGAAGGUGCACCUGAAACAACCUAAUGCAUGGAGCGGUGCUGUGCUCGUUGCACCUAUGUGCAAAAUUGCAGAUGAAAUGGUUCCUCCAUUUUUAGUAAAACAAUUGCUGAUUGUUAUAGCUUAUCUUCUUCCAAAGCAGAAGUUGGUUCCACAAAAGAAUUUGGCUGAGGCAGCAUUUAGAGAUUUGAGGAAGAGAGAGAUGACAUCUUAUAAUGUUAUUGCUUACAAGGAUAAACCACGCUUGCAGAGUGCUUUGGAGUUGCUCAGAACUACUCAAGAGAUAGAACAUCAGUUGGAAAAGGUGUCUCUGCCAUUAUUAAUCUUGCAUGGUGAGGCUGAUAUCGUGACCGACCCAUCUGUGAGCAAAGCCUUGUAUGAGAAAGCAAGCCAUAAGGACAAGAAGUUCAUUCUUUAUAAGGAUGCAUAUCAUUCUCUUUUGGAGGGUGAGCCGGAUGACAUGAUUAUUAGAGUUUUUAGUGAUAUCAUUUCUUGGCUUGAUGAUCACAGCAACAAAAGCACUGCCUCUUGAUAUCUCUCUGUCUGUCUGUCUGUCAUAGCAAAAAUAGAAGAAGAAAAAAAAGAAAGAAAGAGUGUUAUUGAAUUUGUAUAGAUACAACUGUCUGGUACAGUAACAGUACAUUUAAUAAUAUUCAUAAUUCAGUUA